AUGGCUACCAGAUACCUGGUCAAGGUCCUCGACGAGCUGGGUCUCGUCUCCCUGUGGUCCUCGACCGUUGACACCAAACUGCUAUGCAUCCAGCGUUUCGUCCGGCUCUUUGCCUAUGGCGGCUCGACCCUCAUUCUCGUGGCCUAUUUCGCCGAGCUGAACAUCUCAAAGACGAAGAGCGGCCUGUUCAUGACGCUGACCCUCGUCGGCGACACGCUGAUCAGCUUCCUCUUGACCUUCCAUCCUGUGGCUCUGAGUGGCAUUGUGUUUGCCUUGUUCAGCAAUUACUGGGUCUUACUUCUUGCCGCAAUUGUAGGGGUUAUCAGUCCCAGUGGCAAUGAGAUCGGACCUUUCCGCGCAAUCGAAGAGUCGACUCUGGCACAACUCACGCCGGCCAUAAACCGUGGUGAUAUAUACGCCUGGUACUCCCUAAUCGGCACCGCCGGGACAGCUUGCGGGAUGGCGGCGACCGGAUGGGUGAUUACUUACAUGCUGGAAGACCUGGGGUGGCCGAAGAUCGAUGUAUACAGGGCGGUGUUCUGGGGAUAUGCGGUCUUUGGGAUUAUCAAGCUCAUCCUGACGUUGGCGCUCAGCAAAGCAUGCGAAGCAGAGAAGAAACAGCCAGCAGCUCCAGCUUCAGAUCCAGAGACCGCGCCACUUCUGCGAGAUGGUGCUCAGGAGCCAAAGAAGAAGCCAACUUUCCGAUCACUGCUGCCGGAGAUUAGCGCGGAUAGCAGGAUAAUUGUCUUCAAUCUUUGUCUGCUCUUUGCUCUUGAUGCGUUUGCAUCUGGCCUUGCUCCUCUCUCCUGGGUAACAUAUUUCUUCCACGACAAGUUCAAGCUCGAGGAAGGGAAACUGGGAUCGCUCUUCUUCACAACCAGCAUCAUUGCUGCAGUUUCCAUGCUCUUAGCCUCAUCAAUCGCCAAGAGGUUUGGAAAUAUCAAGACCAUGGUCUUCACCCAUCUCCCAUCCGCCAUCUUCCUCGCUCUCAUCCCCAUUCCCAACUCCCUCCCGCUCGCCAUGAUGUUCCUCAUCCUCCGCUCCUGUACCCAAUCUAUGGACGUCGCGCCUCGUUCCGCCUUCCUCGCCGCCGUCGUGCUCCCCAACGAGCGCACCGCCAUCAUGGGCCUAAUCAACGUCGUCAAGACAUCGGCCCAGAGCCUGGGCCCGCUCAUCACGGGUAUCCUAGCCGCUCACAACCUCUUCUGGGUAGCGUUCGUAGCGGCUGGUUCGUUGAAGGCUACGUACGAUUUGGGCAUGUUGGCGGUGUUCGCGGGUCAUAAGACGCAUGAGGAGAGAGCGGAGGAGGAGAGAUUAGCGGAGGAACAGGAGAGAUUGAGAGAGAGUGAAGAUCCUAACGAACGGUAAUUAUUGUUCUUUACUAAUGGCAGUGCUUACCACGCCUCACGAUCUUGACAAAGUAACAUACAUACAUACAUACAUAUUCGAUUAGUAUCAUUCGAAUAGUGUCAAUUCAUCAUACCCCAAG